GGGGGGGGAAAGCUGGAGAGGAGAGAAAAAAACACGACCGACCUCGAAGAGAGACAGAACGGAAGAGACGGAACAGAACAUAUACUUGGUCAUAAUGCAUGUAAUGUGUUUCAGUGUUGCAUGCUGACAUUAAAGAAGAGGUCCCUGAAGAAAACAAUCCUGAUGUGGACCAGCAUCAGCUGGAGCUGCUCGACAUUAAGGAGGAAGGUGAAAUAAUCUGUGGCAGCCAGAAAGGAGAGCAAGACAAUUUGAAGGAGGAGACUGAAGAUACCAGGUUUCCAUCAAAUGUUGUUAAUAUGAAAAGUGAAGAGGAUGAAGAGAAACCUCCAUUCUCUAACUAUAAUGAACAGCUAACAGAAGUCAGAGAUUUUACAAUCAGCCCUUCAGCUGACUGUAUAAAAGUGAACAUUAAAGAUGGGGACUCAAAUGUGGGUCCAAUUAAAAAAGUUCACUUAAGAAUCCAUGCAGGAGAGAAACCUUUUGUUUGUGAUGUAUGUAAUAAAAGGUUGUCCAGCAAGGCAAAUUUAAAAGCACACAAAAUAAUCCACACAGGAGAGAAACCUUUUGUUUGUGAUGUAUGUAAUAAAAGGUUGUCCAGCAAGGCAAAUUUAAAAGCACACAAAAUAAUCCACACAGAGGACAAACCUUUUGGGUGUGAUUUAUGUGGGAGAUGUUUUUCCUGGAAGUCAUAUUUAAAAAGACACAUGAUGAUCCACACAGGAGAGAAACCUUUUGGUUGUGAUAUAUGUGACACACACUAUUCCUCAAAGUCAGAGUUAAUUAGUCAUAGGAAAAUUCACACAGGAGAGAAACCUUUUGGUUGUGAUGUCUGUGGUAAAAGAUUUUCCAGAAAGUUAAGUUUUAAUCAGCACAUGAGAAUCCAUACAGGAGAAAAACCGUAUGGUUGUGUUUUAUGUGGUAGAAGAUUUUGCACUACAACACAUUUAAAAACACACAUGAGAAUCCACAAUGAAGAGAAACCUUUUGGUUGUGUUUUAUGUGGUAGAAGAUUUUCCAGAAAGUCAUAUUUCAAAACACACAUGACAACCCACACGGGAGAGCAACCCUUUGGUUGUGAUGCAUGUGGUAAAAGAUUUACCAACAAGACAGCCUUAGAUAGUCAUAUGAGAUCUCACACAAAAGGGAAACCCUUUGGUUGUGAUGCAUGUGGUCAAAGAUUUUCCUGUAUGUCACUUUUAAACAAACACAUAAGAGUCCACACAAGAGAGAAUGCUUUUGGUUGUGAUAUAUGUGGUAAAAGAUUUUCCCAAAAGUCAAAUUUAAAAAGACACACAAGAAUCCAUACAGGUGACAAACCCUUUGGCUGUUCUACGUGUGGAAAAAGAUUUUCCACCAAUGCACAUCUUAAACAACACAUAGUAGUCCAUGCUGACGAGAAGCCAUUUGGGUGUUAUGCUUGUAGUAAAAGAUUUUUCUCAAAGUACGAAUUAAAUAGACACAUGAAGAAACACAUGGGAGAGAAAGCAGAGAUUAUAAAAUCUGAGAGCAUCCAGGAGGAAGGCCUUAUACAGGUACUCUAUUGACCAUGUGGGUUGCAGUAGUCUGUUGCUGAAAGAGCUCUCCAGUUCCAUGAGCAUUAGGUGUAGACAGGGCUCUGACUAGUAAGUACUAAGUAUACAUUUAUACAUAAUAUUCUAUCUUAUCUUAUGUGAUAAUCAUAACAUACAUUAUGAUAAUAUUAUGAUUACUUAUUAAUGGUAAUUCCCGAGGUACCUAGAGAAUAAAAUUAGAGGAAAUCUUCUUUAUUUUUGGUGACUGUGAUUCUGCUCUCGGCCAGUAGGUGGUUUCAUGUGCAAAUGAAGCCUUUCCUGAAGUGGUUCAACGCCUCAUGAGGCCUUAUCUCACCAUCACUACCAAUCAAGGUAGAACCGAUGUUUCACAUAAAAUUUAGGCUUAUUCCCUUCAGUAGUCUAUAAGUUUUUCCAAAGAGGUAAUUAUCGACACUUCUAUCUCAAGGAGUUACAUCAACCAAGCUGUGGUGAACAAACCAAAUGGCUUUACCGCCACCACAGUCUGGGUUAGACCAUAUAAAUGCCUAUUGUUUAUAAGUUAAAUUACUUUGUGUGUUUUGUUGUUUUUUUCAGUAAUGUCCAUCAUGCAAUAUAGAUUUAAGCAGGAAAGGAAAUUAGAAAUUCAGAUAUAACCAUUUAAUCCCAUCUCUUUUGAUAUGUGUUAUAGAAAUACAUAAUAAUUUUUGUGUUAAACAUGUAAUUUUCUUAAAGCCGCAGAGUUAUCUUGUUAUCAGUAAGGGUGUGGUUUCGGUUUACAGAAGUGUUUUUUGCUGACCCACUCGAAAACAAUGAAUUCAUUCAAGCUGUGGUAGAAGACCAGAACCGGAGUUUUAUCGGGGAACCUUUCGGAGUGGUGUACGGUUUGAAAGCCUGUUAAUGGUUCUUGAUGUUAUCUUGAUUGACUCCCAAAAAAAACACAUGAGCUAUUAAUCAAAGGUCAGUUGAAGUUGACAUGGGAGAACGAACUUCCUUUGUCUGUGAGCAGAUGAGUUUACGAUACAUGAGCUGUAUGGUAACGUUAGAAGUCUUUGUCUCCCUUUGGAAUCCCAAUUGUAAUAAAUAAAUGUAUGUUUGAAGUG